CCAGGUCAACAAGUUGCUCCAGGCCAAUAUGCUCCAGGUCAACAAGUUGCUCCAGGCCAAUAUGCUCCAGGUCAACAAGUUGCUCCAGGUCAAAGUGCUGCAGGUGCUGCCCCUGGUGAGGAACAGCCCUAUGGAUCAUAUGGACAAGCACCUGAUCAGUUCAUGUCUACUCUGCCAACAAAUGUGAAGUACAAUGAGCGUAUCCAGGUAGCCCAGGCUCCUGCAGAGUUCAAGGCUGUUCCAAUACAAAAACAGCAGAAAGGACCACCCCCAAAACCUGCACCAAAACCAAAUGUCAACCGCGGCAAGAGUUUCAGAGAUGUAAAAGUCUUCAAACAGGUUGAUAAGCACGCUUAUGAGGUUACACAAAAAGAACACAACAGUUUCAAAGACCUCAUCUUCCAUCUUAUCUAUGCCAGGAAGAUCACAAAUGAGUUAGAGAAAGUCAGGGCUAUAUUUCUGUGGCUGUGUACAAAGGACUUGAAGAAUAUGGAGUUCAACAAUGUGCAGCCAAACUCCCCAGAAGAGAUCAUGCUGGGACUGAAGGAGGGCAAAGUGACUUAUGCUGUUGUCUUUGAGACCCUCUGCAGCUAUGCAGGACUUCAUUGUAUUACACUGGCUGGUUAUGCCAAGGGUGCAGACUACAAGCCAGGGAUGAGAUUUACUGGUGGUAGUGGCCAGCACUCAUGGAACGCUGUACUGAUUGAUGGUCAGUGGCAGUUGGUUGAUUGCCAUUGGGCUGCAAGGAGACUUGUAGGAAAGCAGCAAACUGUGAAAAAGGUGACACAGGAAAAUGUGAGGUAUGAAUUGGAUGAGUACUACUUCUUCCCUGACCCUCAUCAGUUGAUCUUCACUCACUUCCCUGAGGAGAAGGACUGGCAGCUACUAGAGCGUCCUCUACUAUUGGCAGAAUUUGAAAACCUCGCUCCUGUGAAAUCUGCCUUCUUUAAAUUCGAUCUACAGCUGAUUAGCCACAAACAGGCUGUUAUAUCCAGUCCCGGAGAGGUAGAAGUAACUGUGGCCUGUCCCCCAUGGAAAGGCAAUGAGAUUGCCUUCACGUUUACGCUGACUUUUGAGGAUGGCCGAGAGGAAUACCAAGGAACAAAGUUGACCCGCUAUGGUAUGCAAGAGAUGGUUGAUAACCUCAGCAUCUUCAGGCUGAGAACCCCAGAGAAAGGUUCCUAUAGGUUUAUCAUCUACGCUAAGGAAGUCACCCCUGAGACAAAGGAAGGAGUAUAUGGUGCUGUAUGCGAGUACCAGAUCUUGUGCGAUCGUGAUGCUAGUGGCGUACAGCCCUAUCCCCCAUGUGCCCACACCAGUUUCGGACCUGGCGACAAGGCCCAACAGUACAACCUUCAGUCACCAUUCAAGGGGGCAUAUAUCUCUGCACCUAAUGGACAUACCGAAAUCAAGUUCAAAAUGCCCCAUGAGUUGCGUUUCAUGGCUAAGUUGAAAUCCAACGCCAUUGAUGAGAAAUCUCUAGAGCCCUAUGUGAUGCAUCGUGUUGUGAAUGAUUCUGCUGUCUUCAGUGUGAAUCUGCCACGUCAGGGAGAAUAUGGCCUGGAAUUAUACGCCAAUGACCCAGCCACGGAUGGUAAAUCUCUGUUCCACGUAUGGCAAUACCUUGUAGUGUGCAACCAGCCAAUAGUACAAGCCAUCCCCUUCCCACAGUUGCCACCUGGUUACCUUGGUAAACAGCCAGGUAUUGAGAAGAUAGGUCUGACAACAUACAGCCACCACGACCCUUAUAUUAAUGCAACCGCUGGUGAGAUGAGCAUUCAAAUGAAGACUACCCAGCCUCUAAGAGUCACUUCGAAUCUAAUCUACACUGCCAAUAAUGAAGAUUUCACGGACUAUAUCUUGCAACAAUUUAAGGACAAUAUUCUCUCAUUUGUUGUAAAGCUACCCAAGGCUGGAAGCUAUAAGCUUCAGGUGUAUGCCCUGCCAUACACAGACACCAGUGAGAGCCUCCCAGGGGUGUACAACUACCUGAUCAAUUGUCCCCAAACACACGCUUCACUGGUCGCUUACCCCAAGCAGUACGCCCAGUGGAAGGAGGGCUGCUACCUGUCUGAACCUACAGAUGGUCAACUGGAUCCUAACAGGCCUACACGUGGAUCUGCCACUAGCCAACAGUUUAUCUACUUUAAGAUCGAGGUCCCCAAGGCCAGUGCUGUUGCCGUUGUGGUCGGUGAAGACUGGACUCAACUGGACCAGAAGCAGCCCAAUGUAUGGGAGGGUCAGGUGACCAUGGAUAAGCACUGGGGCGUAGAGAACAGAGCUGCUGUUUGUGCCAACUAUGGCUCAUUCAAGGCCAGUUACAGCACUCUCUUGGAAUACACUAUGUAGACACAGGCAGGCACUAACAUACAUUAACGACACCCAGUCUGAUUAAUACCAGCGAGUACUGCCAUACUAUAAGCAUUGAAACUUUUGACUCACAUUAAAACCUAUCUUUGGAAAAAGAAUUUCAAGGAAACAUUUUGGUAUUCUACCUAUGUUGGUGUAUUCAUUCGUUUUAGUGGUGAACUUGGGUUAUUGAAUGUAAAUCUAGACUAAAUUGUGAGGACAUUAUACAGAGUCUGGGAUGUGGCAUUGUAUGCAAUAUAAAGUAUGAGGGAUAAAGGUAUUGGGAAACAAGGAAUAUGGACAAUCUAAUAGGACCUCAGCACAAUGUGGAAUAUGAAAGUGUAAAAUUUAGGAAAUAUGAAAUGCAAUAUGUAGUGUCGCUGCCACAUCCCCAGUGCCCCUUUAACCCAAUGUAUGUAUCAUACAAUUGCAUAUUAUGGAUAUGUGUAGGAGAUAGUAGAGAGAUUGCUUGUGAUAUUAUAGAGCAUAGUUUUAUAGAAUUUUGAACUUUUAAAGUUCUGUGAUGCAGAUAGAUGGAGAUACUAGGACUGGUAAUUGAAAGUAUUAAAUCAUACUUAUCUUUUAAUAGUGAACCAUAUAAGUUCAUCUCAUACUGCAUUUUUUAUAUAGGCUAACUUUAUUUAGCACAUUUUUUAUAUUAAAUGCUUUUAUAUACUAUGCUAAUAUUAUGUAUAACUAAAAUUAUAGUAAACUCUAUGUAUACAGCUCUAUAUAGUCAGGAUCUUUGGAAGUUGGGAAUCAAGUGGGGUCGGCGUCAGGCCAAGAAAAAAUAUUUUUGUUUCUUGUUACAUAUAUUAAUAUGAGGAAAAUCAAAAAGAUACCCCGACUGGGUCAAGGCUGUAUAUGGAUGCAAAGAACACAUCAUUUUGGUUGUACAUGUAUCAAGUUUUCCUAUUUGCAUCAAAUAGACAAGAAUAAUUUUCUUGGCCUAAGGUAUUGUGAUUCUAUAUGUCAUGUUGUUUAACUUGAGUUUGAACAAGUGCAAUGUUUGACCAUAUUGGUGUUGAAAUCCUUGAGAUUUAUAUCAUUUGUGAUUAAUAUACAGGGAGUCUAAUAAGAAAUGAAACUAACUGAAAUUGAACUAACUACUCUAGUUCUACUUUUUAUGAGACAUCCUGUAGAUAAUACUAUAGACUUUGUAUUUCCUGGUGUACAUUGCCAAAUCAUUUGUUAUUUUUGUAUGUUUUUCAUGAGGUUGGGAUUACAUGUGUAUUGUUAUGGAUAUGAAAAUUGGAAUCAUGAAGUUUUAUUGAUUCAUGAAUAGUUACUCUAAUAAGCUUAAUAGAUUCGUAUAGUAUCAGGAUUUUUUGUAUUGGGUAGGACCUUCAAACGUAUAAUUGUUUAUUCUUGUUGAAUACCGAGGCUGUUUUGUAAUUUUAUUUUGAUCUUGUAUUUAAUGAUAUUCGGCCAGGUAGGCUUAGGCUUCCAUCAUGUUAUAUCAUAACAACCAUGUUUACUUUUAUUCAAAUAAAACGUUCAAAUUGAAAAUUAUCUGUCCUUUCUUUCUAUCAGACCUUAAAUUGGUCAUCUGAGCUUGGUGAGCAGGUUGUGGCUUUUCUCUCCCAGUCAAAAUCAAUUUAAUUUGGUGGAGUAUAGGUUUAAAUGAAGAGCGAAUUAAGUUAAACAAGUAAACCUUAAAUUGUUCAGGUCAUCGCAAAAACAAAUACUUUUUUGACCCGGUGUAAAAGAAAUUAUGGUCCCCUAGGGAUUAUGGUCCCCUUUCCUUACAGCCC